AUGGCAGGUACUCCGCUGAAAGAAGGCUGCCUUCCCCACCGUUGGCAACUGGCAGCGGAGGGGUAUGCGGCGUUUCUCAUGAUUUGGGGCCAGGCCCUGUACAAAGUGGAGCCUCCGUGCUCCAAGGCAGCCUACCUUGGGAUGCUGUUUGGCGUUAGCAAGCGAGGAGGACCGUUGCCUUUUGGCUGGCUCACCCAAAGGGCCUCCCCGGCUCAUGUUCCUGAACCUGACCCACUGGCCGCUGCUCCAGACCCCGCCAGCCUUGGACAAGUGCCUUUUGAGAUGAAUACGGCUGAUGAGAGGUUCUUGGCUGAAACUCAGCCAGUGGAUCUCUCACUUCUGGACUCCUGCCACCACAAGGUCAUUGCGCAGCUUCGAUCGACUUGCACGGAUCUGACAGAAGAGGAGCUGGCCAAGCUGGGAGUGUUGCUCUUCAACUGCCAGGCCAGUGCGGAAGGUCGGAAGACUUACCUGUGCACUGGGGACAUGUCCCUGGCGGAAUGCACGGCUGGGAUGGAUCCGGAUACCUGGAACGCUUAUCACAUCGUCAGCAACCGAGCGCGCGCAGUCUGCUACGCCACCCGUCAGAUGCAGUUCAAGCGCCGGGCGGAGCAUACGGUGAACGCCCUGGUCUCUACUGCAGUCGGACAGUUGGAAGCGAUGAAAAUGCUCAAGAAGAGUCAGGAGGACCUGAAGGUGCUGACGUCGGAGUCCCUGCAGAGAGUGGUUAGUGCUCAGGAAGACCUGCUUGCCCAGCAAGAGUCAUUGCAAGGCAGCCAGAUGCAAAUGGAAGAAUCCCUUUCUGGCAAUCUGGAGCAACUGGUCCAGGAGAAGGCCUUGAUUGCCAGUGGGCAGCAGCAGGUGGCCGAGCUGAUUGAGGGCAUCACGCGGAGGAUGGAAAAUGUCAGCCAUCAUCUGGACCAACAGGAUAUGGAUCUUCAGGAAGGACACACGUCCAUCCUGAGGGACCUAAGCCAAGUCCAGACACGGGCCCAAGAAGUCUACUCCAAAAUAGAUGCUAAUCUGGGUUUGUUCCUGGCCUAUCAAAACCAAACCACCUUGUAUCAUGAUGAGUUACUGGGGAAACUGCGGAAGAUGAACAAGAGCUUUGGGCUGGUCCUUCACACCAUGGAGCAGAUGCAGACCAAGGUGGAGGGCCGACUGGAGCACAUCCAAAAAUUCAUAACCUGGGCAGGGUUCAGCUUGAGUUCCGUCUACACCUGUGUCGUGCAUGGCACCUACUUCCUCUUGGCCGCGCUCAUCAUGACUUUCCUGCAGAUCCCUGGCCCGCCCCGCGCCCUGCUUCUGGUCCUGGUUGUGGCAAACGCGCUCUCCGAGCUCCAUCACACCGUCUCCCUGGGAUUUAAGUCUCUCACCGGCCUCUUGGCAUUGUCCGUUGCAGGCAA